AUGGACUCCGUCAACAACGCCCUCGGCCGCCCCAGCCAGCCCCGCCGCCACACCGAGGAGCAACAACGCCACAUCUACAACAACCUGCCGGAGGAAGAGCGCAAGAAGCAGACCUACGCCGAGUGGGUGCAGGAGGUCUACAACGACCAGUACGAGAAAUGGAUGCCCUGGCUGGAAGACCAGUACCUCAAGUGGUUCGGCAAGGGCGAUAACAAGGCCUCGUAUGUCACGAAAGACAACCUCAACAAGACCAAGGUCACGGGCGUCAAGCAGGUCGAUCAGAUCCAGGACGACGUGCACAAUCUCGUGGGCAACCAGCUGGGCGAGAACGGGCUGCUGUCGCCGGUGGGCAACGCCGUCUCGAAGGAAGGCAUCAACCGCGCCGAGCGGAAGGGCAAGGAUGAGAAUGGGUCGUAUGGGGGUCCGUUGGGGGGUGUCACAGACCCCGUCGUGGAGGGCUCCAAGAGUGCCGGCCAGGGACUGUACUCGGGCGCCCAGUCGGCGGGCUCGUCGCUGGCCGCUGGUACCAAGAGUGCCGCUGGUGCUAUCCCCGGUGUGCAGCGGUAG